GCAAAGUCACGGGCCAGACGGGACAGGCUCCUCACGCUUCCCGACAACGCGCAUGGGCGAGUCCGGACCCACCCGAGGGGCAACCGCCGUGCCUUCCGGUUCCGAUGACAGCGGCGCCGGAAGCCGGCUGGGCUGCAGGACUAGGUGACAGCCUGCGGGCUCCGUGUCCCGGGGUGCUGGGCGCCCCGACCAAAGCCCGGAGCUGUGGUCGGCCGCACAGUCCAAGGGCUGGUGGAGUCGCCUCGACUCAGACGUCUCCUAGUGCACCUGACAGGGUCAGAGAAGCCACCAUGGAGCAGUGUGCGUGCGUGGAGAGGGAGCUCGACAAAGUCCUGCACAAGUUCCUGACUUACGGGCAACACUGCGAGCAGAGCCUAGAGGAACUGCUGCACUAUGUGGGCCAGCUGAGGGCUGAGUUGGCCAGUGCAGCUCUCCAGGGGACCCCUCUCUCAGCUACCCUCUCCCUUGUAAUGUCCCAGUGCUGUCGAAAAAUCAAAGACACAGUCCAGAAACUAGCUUCAGACCAUAAGGACAUUCAUAGCAGCGUCUCCCGAGUGGGCAAAGCCAUUGACAGGAACUUUGACUCUGAGAUCUGCGGUGUAGUCUCAGACGCUGUGUGGGACUCACGUGAAAAGCAGCAGCAGAUCCUGCAGAUGGCCAUUGUGGAGCACCUGUACCAGCAGGGCAUGCUCAGUGUAGCUGAGGAGCUGUGCCAGGAAUCAACAUUGAAUGUGGACCUGGACUUCAAGCAGCCCUUCUUGGAGUUGAAUCGGAUCUUGGAAGCUCUUCAUGAGCAAGACCUGGGACCUGCACUGGAAUGGGCUGUCUCCCAUCGGCAGCGCCUGCUGGAGCUCAACAGCUCCCUGGAGUUCAAGCUGCACCGGUUGCACUUUAUCCGCCUCCUGGCUGGUGGCCCUGAGAAGCAGCUGGAGGCCCUCAGCUAUGCCCGGCACUUCCAGCCCUUUGCUCGGCUGCACCAGAGAGAGAUCCAGGUGAUGAUGGGCAGCCUGGUGUACCUGCGGCUGGGCUUGGAGAAGUCACCCUACUGCCAUCUCUUAGACAACAGCCACUGGGCGGAGAUCUGUGAGACCUUUACUCGGGAUGCAUGUUCCCUGCUGGGGCUUUCCGUAGAGUCCCCUCUCAGUGUCAGUUUCGCUUCUGGCUGUGUGGCGCUGCCGGUGCUGAUGAACAUCAAAGCUGUGAUCGAACAGAGGCAGUGCACUGGUGUGUGGAGUCACAAGGAUGAGCUGCCGAUUGAGAUCGAGCUGGGCAUGAAGUGCUGGUAUCACUCUGUGUUUGCGUGCCCUAUUCUGCGACAGCAGACCUCAGAUUCCAACCCUCCCAUCAAACUUAUCUGUGGCCACGUCAUCUCCCGAGAUGCACUCAACAAGCUCAUCAAUGGAGGAAAGCUGAAGUGUCCCUACUGUCCCAUGGAACAGAAUCCAGCAGAUGGGAAACGUAUCAUAUUCUGAUGGCAAGGAACUUUUGCUUGAAGGUGCUUCCACUCAUGGGCCUUGAUUUGCCUUGGUGAGGGGACUGACUUCAGUGGAUGGUGACCACGACCAAGAGGCCUGGCAGGCAGAAGCCAAGGCCUGAACCAGCCUACAAUUCUUUGGCUGUGAGAGGGACUGGUGCUGUGUUCUGCUGUCUUUCUGUUUACACUUGCCUCUGACUGAGCAGCCAAGGCUUUGCUAUCGAAAACAUUUUUCUACUCCUGGCAUCAAGCCAGGGCUGACCAGCUGUGGCUCAACCUCCUUCUGUACAGUCAACUGUACGUAUGCAUUCUCCACUGUAAAUAGCCUACUAGAACUGAAUGCUGUUUUAUAACUUUGAACAAAUAUAUUCACAGCCCUUCUUCA